AAAAAAAUCCACCCCAAAGAAUCUUUUACGGAUGGUUUCGAGAACAUGCCCAAAGCCUUCAUUGACCUCUUCAAAGGAGCUAACUUCGGGAAGGCAAUCAUCGAAUGUUGAUCAAAAUACUAGCUAUCGCCUAGACUGCCAAAUAUAAUUAAUUAGCCAGGUGCUCAAUGCCAGAACUUGACUGGUUGUUGACGGUAACUCAGGGGGGCCGAACUCAAAUAAGACUUCUCUAAAGGUUGGGGGCUGAUCUAGUCCAACAUUCAUUGUGAAGUGAAAAAUUUACUAAUUAAAAAAAAAAAAACCAUUGAUAGGAAUAUAAUAAUAUGAAUUUAAAAAGACCAAAAAAAAAAUUUGAAAAAAAAUUGAACACUCAUUGAGUAGUGGAAAAGUAGAUCUAAACCUUGUUUCAAAUAAUGGUGCGAAUAUAAUAUUAAUAAUUGAAAUGGACAAAAGUUCGAAUUAUGAAAUAUCAAGACAUGCCAAUUUUCGCUUGUAUGUUAAUUAUUAGUGAGAGCUGGAAGUUUGGGUUCUUUUUUUCUUGACAUUAAAUUUGUUAGUGCUUGGAGUAGGGUAGGGUUCUGCGUUAUCGAUAUUCUCAGGAUGGACUGCCUAGAAUUCUCUCGCAGGCCGGACUUAACGGUUCGCCGGGCCAUAUGGGACCUGCCUGCAGGCCUUGAGUUUGGCACCAAAGGGUUAACUCAAUGUCUAUAGAACGCCAGUAGCGAUGGUUUUUAUCGCAUGCUCUCAGCUGUUGUCGUAUUGACAACAGUGUUGUUUUUUGUACAUAAUUAUUUCGUUAUUCUGUGAAAUAAAUUAUACUUAUUGUUUAAAUUU